AUGGCGACUGUGGAACCGGAAACCACCACCACUCCUAACCCCCCACCUGCAGAAGAAGAAAAAACAACCAAUCAGGAGGUUGCCAACCCCGAACACUACAUUAAACAUCCACUACAGAACAGAUGGGCGCUCUGGUUUUUUAAAAAUGAUAAGAGCAAAACUUGGCAAGCAAACCUUCGUCUGACCUCUAAGUUUGAUACUGUUGAGGACUUCUGGGCUUUACACAACCAUAUCCAGCUGUCUAGUAAUUUAAUGCCUGGCUGUGACUACUCACUUUUUAAGGAUGGAAUCAAGCCUAUGUGGGAAGAUGAAAAAAACAAACAAGGAGGACGAUGGCUAAUUACAUUAAACAAACAGCAGAGACGAAGUGACCUUGAUCACUUUUGGCUAGAGACACUGCUGUGCCUUAUUGGGGAGUCAUUUGAUGACUACAGUGAUGAUGUGUGUGGAGCUGUUGUUAAUGUUAGAGCUAAAGGUGAUAAGAUAGCAAUAUGGACUACUGAGUGUGAAAACAGAGAUGCUGUUACACAUAUAAGGAAGGCAUACAAGGAAAGGUUAGGACUUCCUCCAAAGAUAGUGAUUGGUUAUCAGUCCCAUGCAGACACAGCUACUAAGAGCGGCUCCACCACUAAAAAUAGGUUUGUUGUUUAAGAAGACACCUUCUGAGUAUU